CACGGCGUCGUUUUCUUGCCCAGGUACUUCUCUUACCUUCUCUUCUCCUGUCCGUACUGAUCCAUCUUCUAGGGUUGUUGGUGCUGCUUCUUUUUUCCCCUUUUUUUUUCAAAUAUUUUGUGGGUCGGAUUUUGUGGCUCUUGCAAUAUUGUUCAUCGCGUUACACUUUCAAAAAAGUUUUCAAUUUCAGUUAUGACAACUAGUUAGAGGCAAGAGAGCAGAAUUAUAUCUUUUGGAAGCCUAAUUUGGUUGCUCUCAAUUUUCAAUUUUACCUUCUUUUUUUUUAAGGUUAAAUUUGUGAAUGGGCUCUAGGACGGCAUUCUUUGCAUUGUAAACCUCUCUUUAUGAGGCUUGAGCCAUAUUUUGAUUUCUUCCUAGCAGUUUGAUUGGUUCCGAACAUCAGAGCUACAUUAUAGACGAUACAUGAAGGAAUAAAUUAUACAUCUUUUGUGGCAAAUAAGGUACCUAAUCUGUUUUGCGUGGAUGGGGUUUGGUAUUAUUGCUUUUCAGCUGAACCUUGUUCUAUGUGCAUUUAGAAGUAAAAAUUAUGAGGGAGCCCAUUAAACUUCCUGUUCCAUCAUCUCUCAUCUUCAAUUAGUAUGGUUAGAAAGCGGAGGGAUGCAUUAAUAUAUAGCUCAUUUGAUUUUCAUGAAUAGAAUUGACCCAAUGCAAGUGUUCUAAGAGUCUCCUUAACAUAUCAGUUUUAACUCUCUUUGACAAAGCAUUCACUUUAAAGAGCCUCUCUGUGCCAUGUCUGUCUUUUGUUUGUUGUGGUUCUUUCUCUUCCUUACUGCAUUUUAUUUCUCUGUUAAAUGAAUUAUACUGAGACUAUCUUCCAAGCAGUUUAAUAGUUCUUCUCUGAACCUUUGUUAGUUCUAUUGAUCAGGUGGGAUGGAGAUAAAGUUGUUAAAGGUGCUCGUCAACAACAUAUCUUCCUUUUUCCAUCUAUCAGCUCGUGAGAGCAUAAAUUACAAACCGGUUCAAAAAUACUACCAAAAAACAGAAGAUAUACUGAAGUUGAUAAAGCCAAUUCUUGAUGCCAUUCUUGAUACCGAAGUUGCUUCUGAUGAAAAGCUCCAGAAGAUAUUUGCAGGGCUUGGUCAUGCUGUUAUGGAACUGAGGGAACUCUUCGAUAACUGGCAACCACUCAUGAGCAAAGUUUAUUUUGUUUUGCAAGCUGAACCACUGAUUGCAAAAGUUAGAACUUUUGGCCUGGAAACUUUUGAACAGCUGAAGUCUGUAGAAGAAUGCAUCCCGUCUGAACUGAGUGCAGCAUCCCUAGAGCUCUGUGUGCAGAAACUUAAGAAUAUUGGUAUGGAGCGAACAUCGUCAAUGAUCAUGGAAGCUAUUAAGGAUCAAGUCGAGGUAGCUGGACCCAGUUCAGAUAGCAUGGUAAAAAUUGCUGACAACUUGAACUUGAAAUCCAAUCAGGAGCUUCUUAUUGAGGCCGUAGCUCUUGAAAAGCUAAAGGAGAAUGCUGAGCAAGCUGAAAAGAAUGGAGAAGUUGAAGAAAUAGAUCAAAUGAUUACUCUUGUGACCCACAUGCAUGAAGAUCUUAUUUUGUCGAAACAGUCUCAAAGCAAUAGUCCUGUACCGAUACCGGCUGACUUUUGUUGUCCUUUGUCGCUUGAACUCAUGACGGACCCUGUAAUUGUUGCAUCUGGACAAACCUAUGAGCGGGCAUUUAUUAGAAACUGGAUUGAGCUUGGGCUUACUGUUUGCCCAAAGACGAGGCAAACUCUCGCACACACGAAUUUAAUUCCCAAUUACACUGUUAAGGCUUUGAUUGCUAGUUGGUGUGAGUCAAACAAUGUGAAGCUGCCUGAUCCUUUGAAGUCUAACAGUCUGAACCAGACUGGUUUGCUUUAUCCACACUCGGAGUCAAGUCCACAUAGAGAUUCUCCCGUUCAGUCUCAUUCAAGAGUUAAUCGCUCUACAUCACCUGAGCCAACUAGGUCAUUAGGUUCUCCUUUGAGGUCUUUCCCGUUAAAUGGAGUCCAGCAAGAAGGAUCACCUCCAUCUCAUCUCCGUUCAUCUUCUGAGGAAUCUUUGCCUGGAGAAACAGGUAGUGGACUGGAUAUUGGGAAUAUGUCCUUGGGAAGCGCUGAAGAUAGGUUGGUUAGCUCGAGAGACAGAAGUGGUCAGCUGUACGGAUCACCAUCUAGAGAUAGUAUUUCAGGGGCUGAUGAACGGUCAUCUCAGGGUCAUAAUAGAACUGCCUCGGUUUCGAGCACUGUUUCAAAUUCGGUUAUUGGUGAUGGCAAUGAUGCUCCCUCCCAAGCAGGAACCUACAGCACUGAUGUCUCAGGAGAGGUUUCAUUGGGGUCCCAGCCAACAUCUACUACCAUGCCACAAAGGGAGCCAGAGCCCCAAUCUAGAACAGAGCCAAGACCCCGGAGCCAAACAAUAUGGCGUCGACCAUCCCAAAAUUUUGUUCCCAGGAUAGUUUCCUCUCCUGCAGUUGAAACAAGGGCAGAUCUGUCUGGUCUUGAAGCUCAAGUUAGGUCCCUUGUCGAGGAACUGAAGAGUUCUUCCGUGGAGGCGCAGAGAAAUGCUACUUCCGAGCUCCGCCUACUUGCCAAGCAUAAUAUGGAUAAUCGGAUUGUAAUUGCAAACUGCGGUGCUAUCCCCUUGUUAGUUAAACUUCUUUAUUCAACAGACAUCAAAACACAGGAAAAUGCAGUUACUGCUCUUCUCAACUUGUCAAUCAAUGAUAAUAACAAGACUGCAAUCGCAAAUGCAGACGCAAUUGAACCACUGAUUCAUGUUCUUCAAACAGGAAGUCCUGAGGCUAGGGAAAACUCUGCUGCCACUCUUUUCAGUCUUUCAGUCAUCGAGGAAAACAAGGUCAAAAUAGGGAGGUCUGGGGCUAUCCCGCCAUUGGUAGACCUGUUGGGAAAUGGAACUCCCAGGGGUAAGAAAGAUGCAGCCACAGCAUUGUUCAACUUGUCAAUAUUUCAUGAGAACAAGGGUCGUAUAGUGCAGGCAGGUGCCGUGAAGUAUCUUGUAGAAUUGAUGGACCCUGCGGCUGGCAUGGUUGAUAAGGCAGUUGCUGUUUUGUCAAAUCUGGCUACUAUCCCAGAAGGAAGGACUGCAAUUGGUCAGGAAGGAGGGAUUCCCGUAUUGGUUGAGGUUGUUGAACUGGGAUCUGCAAGAGGCAAGGAGAAUGCUGCCGCCGCACUCUUGCAAUUAUGCACUAGCAGCAGCCGAUUCUGCAAUAUGGUUCUUCAGGAAGGGGCAGUUCCCCCUUUAGUUGCAUUGUCGCAGUCUGGUACCCCUAGAGCCCGAGAAAAGAUUUUUCAUUUAGAGCAAAUCAAAAUAGGCUUUGAAGCAUCUGGGAUCCUGCAAAAACCCUGGUUAGCUUCAAUGGGGCUUUUUGAGGAUGUCUGCUCUGGAUUUGGUUACACAACUUACACUGAGAAAUGUCUCAAGGAGACAAACUCACAAGAGAAGGCUCAGGAAAUGAAAGCAGUGAGUAUUGAUUUGGUCCGUGAGUCUCGUGAAUUCCUGGAUGCGUUUACAGAGUUGGACAAGACCCCACGGCGGAAUCAGAUGGUUUCUAUGGUUCAAGGGGCUUGUUAA